AUGUCGACCCCGAAAGCCCACCGCGGCCCCGAUGCCGACUCGAUCGAUCCCUCCCAAGCCAGCUCCGGCUACGACGGCACACCCUCCGGCGCGCCCCCCACCUACGCGACCUUCUCCCCCGUCACCCUCUCCGCAAACACCCCGAGCCGCUCCUCCCGUCGCUCAACAAUCAUCGUCCAUCAAAAGUCGCCUCUGCUCCUCGCCACACCACCCCAGAUAACACGCGCCUUGGCAUACUCGCAUCCCUUCUUGCUUCCCCUCAAUAAGCUCGCUGGGUUGCUGACAUGGACCACCGACGACCCGUGGGAGAGCUUCCUCCUGCUUGCCUCCUUCUGGGCCGUCGUGCUGUACGGAGACAUUGUCGUGCGCAUGGCCGGGCCCAUCGUCGUCGUCCUGACCUUGAUACUGGGCAUGUAUGGCCGUCGCUUCAGUCCACUGAGCAGCAGCGGAUGGACAGAACCGGCGUCCAAGGAUGCUGCCGGUGGACAGGCUGCGGGACCUUCGGCUGCAGGCAAGGGACAGAAGCUGGCGCCGAAGAGUAACACAACCGGCAACGCCGCAAAGGGACACCAACGCAACGAGUCGGAGAUCACAAACACAAGGCACCAGAAGACGUUGGACGAGAUUGUCGAGACCCUGAAGGAGUUCACCGGACGGUGUAACGUGCUCCUCGAGCCGCUACUCGAGCUGACGGACUUCCUGAGCACCCAGCGGACCCCGACGUCGGCCACCACCAGACCGGCUUUAACAACGCUCUUCGUGAGGAUACUGUUCUGCACGCCGUUCUGGGUGAUUCUGACUCUACCUCCUCUGCGCAUCAUCACGACGAGGAGGAUAGCGCUGCUCUUCGGCACCCUAGUCCUGACAUGGCAUGCCAGGGUCAUGCGCGUCGCUCGAACACUUCUGUGGCGUAGUGCAACGGUUCGCAAGACGGCUGCUCUGCUCACCGGCCUGACGUUUGAGAAGCCUGUCAAGGCAAUUGCGGUGGACCUGUCUGCGAAUGGAGAACCCGGCAAGGUGCAGGCGAAGCGCCCGGCGACGUCAGAGCUGACCAAGGCCUUACGCCAGCAGUCUCACAGGCACAGCAACAACGCCACAAGCAAGGACGCUGGUGUGAAGUUCACAUUCAUCAUUUACGAGAACCAGAGACGGUGGGUCGGCCUCGGCUGGACGCAGAGCAUGUUCGCCUAUGAACGCUCUGCAUGGACUGACGAGCACAACAACCCUGUGCCGUCGCGUGACACCUUUGAAUUGCCCGAGGUUGAGGAUGGUAGCAACAUGCGCUGGCGGUGGGUUGAGGGCAGCAAGUGGCGGGUUGACGGUGUGCCCGAUGAUGGGACCGAGCCAGUGGACUAUGACGGGGAAGCCGGUAAGAACGGCUGGAUAUACUACGAUAACAAGUGGCAAAACGGCCGCCGUGGAUCAGACGGUUGGGGGAGAUGGACGCGCCGGAGAAAGUGGUACCGCGAUGCCGAACUGGUGGAGGUUUCCGAGGACGAGAUUGCACACGAACUCGACGCAGCACAAGCGCCGCCGCGACCCGGCUCGCCGAUAGGUAGUCCCCCGGGUCCCGCCCUGACGACUCAGAGAUACAGCACUCUCGAGGAGAAGAUGGUUUCCCCCGCACAAUCAACGCCGGAUCUAACGAUACAUAACAAGGAUGCGGAAAGAGAAAAGGACGAUACGGCGUCGACGCUAUCGACAAGCUCCGGUGGAAGGUCGUUCUUCAAGACGCCUUCGCUCAGGAGAAAAGUUACGGACAGGAGCAUCUCGAGCAAGGUCGACACGGAGCAGGACCGCAGCCGGAGGGCCAGCGAGGCCAAGAGCGAGGAGGAGGCAGCGGCGUUGGGGCUGAAGCUCAAUCUUGCUCUGCAGGGUAAGGACGGCGGGCAAUGGGGUAUUGGCGACGAGGCGAGGAUGAGCCUGGAGUAA